GUUAUACCCGGACGGAAUAAAUGUCGCAGCAUGGAUUCCGGCAUGGAAGACAACACGAAGGCUAUUAGGAUGAAAAAGGGGGAGAAGAAAAUACUCAAAAAACAGAUUAAAGCCAGUCACACUCUGCUAAAACAUGAAGGCAUCAGUACCACGUCUCAGCCCACUAAGGUACCGCAGAAAACACUGAAAAACAGGAAGUGGAAGCUGAGAGAGAGGGAGGUGUGCUAGCUAGAGUGAAGUUUUUUCUUUUAUAUAUUUCUGUCAUUUACUUUUUUUUGUGUAUCUCUUUGAAUUACCAAACCAAUGUACUUUUAUCUAGAUAAUGAGAAAAUAAAUAAAUAAAAUGUUAGUCGUUACUGCGACGCGUGUGUCAUAAUGUAUCUCCGAAAAUAAGUCUCUGUUUGUUUUUAUAGCUUUGGAUCAUAUUAACUAUCACUCUUUGUUGAGCAGUAAGAGCACUGGAUGGGUAGAAAGCUAGGACUAGAUGAUGUGAAGUUAUUAAAGAAGGAAAUAAUUAUUAAGCAGAUCAGGAAUAUACCUAAGAUGGGGUCAUCUAAUUCAAAACACAGUAACACAAUGAUUUCCUUUCACCGUUAAUGAAAAAUAAAGGCAAUAUACAGUGGCGUUUAAAGAGAUAUUCCGGCGUAGAAAUUAAUUUCGAGUCAAACACACCGUGAAACCGAGUUAGACACCCCCUCGAGAGGUGAAUGUUGCCGACCGCUUGCUUCUCUAGUUAUACCAACUUUAGUAAUGAUGGCAGGAUAGCAAUACACAGCGGUCUGACGAGCCAAAAAAAAACCCCACUCUACAGCCACUAAUAUUGCUCAGAACAACUAACUUCAUCAACAGUACAUAUAGGGUCCUAGCCAUAGCACUAGCCACCAAAUAUCUUUUUAACUUUGCUUAAUUUCUUGACUUCAGCAAAGAGACUAAACACAAUUUACCUACUCUCUUCCAGCCGCUGCUUGUUUGUAGCGAGACCUCAGGUCAGUCCAUUACGGACUGCUGCGGGUGACGCAGCUCAAGGAAGAACAUUCAUGACCAUUACUUUAUCAUUUCCCUGAAGUAAUAUUCAAAAUAUUAAGCAUUUUGCACUGCAGAUGCGGUAGUUCUCCUGCCUUAGCAUCUCGGUCUGAUUGCAUUUCCAUGAAGAAAUGAUCGUAAAUGUUCUUCCUUGAGCUGUGUCACCCCGCUGUAAUCCGUAAUGGACUGGUCCGAGGUCUCUACAAACAAGCGGCUGCUGGCAGAGAGUAGGUGAGUUGUGUUUAGUCUCUUUGCUAAAGAAAUCAGGCUAAGUUAACAAGAUGACCGGUGGGUAGUAUUAUGGCCCUAUAUGUACUGUUGAUGAAGUUAGGUGCUCUUUUGGGCAUUCUUUGUGGCUAUAGAGUGGCGUUUUGGUUGAGGUUUGUUUAUGGCUCCUCAGACCGCUCUGUAUUGCUAUCCUGCGGUCGUUACUAAAGUUGGUUUAACUAGAGAAGCAAGCGGUCGGCAACAUUCAUCUCUCUCUCGACGGGGUGUCUAACUCGGUGUUUCGGUGUGUUUGACUCGAAAUUAAUUUCAACGCCAGAAUAUCCCUUUAAGAGUAAAAGCAAUGCGAGCCUUAUUGGAAGUCAUCCGUCUUGUACAGGUCUUUUUUUACAUUUUCCUCUGUACUCUCUGUAGAGUUUGGUGGUCGCUAAUGGUGGUCUGGGAAAUGGUGUCAGCCGAGAGGAACUGUCGACAGUGUUGAAAGAGUUUGGAGAGCUGGAGAAGCUGAUCAUGCACCCCCAGAAGCCUUAUGCUUUUGUCACAUACAGGUACAUGCUGCAUGAACUCUGGUGUACUAUGCCAAGAAGUUAUGUUAAACAUUCAAAGAAUUGGUAAUUGUCAUACUUUUUCCAGAUCUGAGGAGAGUGCCCAGAAAGCUCACAUCCACCUCAAUGGAGAAAAGCUGCAGUGUGGAGAUAACAGUGUCACACUCUACCUCAGCUAUGUGGACUCGGGUAACAGCAGCAACCAUUAACCCUUGUUUUAUGCAAUGUUGGAGAAUGUAUUCUGGAAAUUCGGCAGCCAGAAGUGACUAUUUUACAUUACUUACUGUAUAUAUUUUUAACCUAUGUAUGCAGUAAUCUGUGAGGAGGGUGUGUCCAUUUCUUUGCCGGAAGGAUUAACUUUGUUGGAAGAUUUUGUGUCUCUUGAGGAAGAGGUUUUGUUGCUUUCUGCCAUAGACUGGAGCUCUUCAAAUGACGAUGUCACUGGUGAGGGGCUACAUAAUGUCUUUUUCUUUUCUUUUUUUUUUUUUCCUGGAUGAGAUUUCAUCCUUAGAGCUAGUCAUGACUCUACCUUUUUGCAUCUUUAAGUCAAUCUAAUAUCAGUUUAGCUUUCUUCAUUUCUCUUGUUGGUAGCUUCAGUGCUGAGAAGCUUCAUUUAAAGUAAAGUAGCAGGUCGCUGAAUACAUAUUACACAUUUUACAAGCAGCUUCUCCAAUGUUGAGUAAAGAAAAGCCAGUGCCUUUUGUCAAUCUGAAUUGUUAACUCCAUCCCUUUCAGCCCAAAAAGCUCUGAAGCACAGAAGAGUCAAACAUUAUGGCUUUGAAUUUCGCUAUGACAAUAACAACGUCGAUAAGGACAAGCCAUUACCUUCAGGUGAGUUUGCUCCUCUGUAUUUAACCUACUUUUUUAUAUGGUUUUAUGAGGCAUGUUAAAAACAUGUGGUCAUUUUACAUUCAUUUCAGUUACCCCAAAAUUCAAUGUACAAGAUGCACUUUUAAUACCCUUUAUGUCAUCAAAUAAGUCAGCCAUUUCCCAUAUACUUGUACAACUGAUAUACCAGUAUAACAUGCAGAGAGAGGUAUUUUAUUGUGCUACUUUAUUACCUAGAAGAUGGGGCAUGAGGAAGCAAGUGACCACUUCAAAGAGCAAAACAUGUCUGAUAUUCUGCGAUUUUGUUUAGGGUAGUAGUGAGUCUCAGCUGUCAGCGUUACAGUAGGCUGUGCUUAUUAGGGUGUCAAUAAGACAUGGUGUAAUAAAAGCUUCAUAUGCAAAUGAACUGUAUGUCCCAGUUCAUGAAAGUCUUCACACAGAAGCACAGUUUAACCUCCCGCCCUCAAACAGGUGCAACUGAUUUUCCAGAUUUUUUUGUACUUCAAUGCCAGACACAGAAAAUUGAUCAAUCUUGCUCUGUUCAUUGAACAAGCAUAUCUAAUUUUACUAAAAAUCAAAUAGAGGUCAGAAUUUUGUUUCUAAAAUUCAUAGUAAUUUACUUAUUUGUGUAUCUGGGUGUGUCAAGGUAUCCCUCAGGAGUGUCUACCUGUCUUGGAGCGAUGUUUCAGGAGUGGACACAUAAACAUCAUGCCAGAUCAGCUGACCGUCAACCAGUACGAGUGUGGACAAGGUUCGUCACACUUAACUUUAAGCUGUAGACAUGUGGCUGACCACAUCACAUUAUUGAGUGUUUUCCAUUUACUGGAGAGAGCAGCACCACAUUGUGGGAAAUUUUUAACAUGAGUGCGCUUAUGCCACAAGGUGGCAGUGUAACCUUUCUAUGGUGCGUUGAAGAAGGCUUUGGAUCCUAUCAGUUUUUUAGUAUAUUAAGACGUACUGGCAAACUUCACAAGACUUAUUAAGGAUUUUGAAAAACACAUUUUUGUUAAUCAUGCUUUCCUCCUAUUUGCUUUUACUUAUCAACACAUUAAUUAAAAUUUAUUAGCUGUCUAAAUAGUAAGAGUUUCACAUACCUCACAAGUUUUAACUUUGUCAAGCUCUAGAGAAAAGCAGCUAAUGAAACAUUUGAAAAACUUAACUAAACUAACCUUUUUCCAAAAUUGUUAUUACAAAUAAAUGCAGGUAUUCCUCCUCAUGUGGACACCCACUCUGCCUUUGAGGACACCAUACUGUCUCUGAGCCUGGGGGCACAGGUAAGAAGUCAGACUGUAUCUACCAAGGCAAACACACUGCUGAAAAGCUUGGGGAGCUAUAGAUUCAUGAUGAAAAAUUAAAGGUUAAAAGUGCUAAAAGUGUUGGUCUUAGGAUACUGGUUUUUAAAUUUGAGCAUUAAACUGCAUUGCAAAGUAAAGAGGUGGCUGUAAAUGUUCAGAUAUGAUAAGAUGUUGUCUUGCUGCUUGUUUACCUUACUGUAGCAAAGAUAGAUCAAUCAACUGAGCUGUCACCUCUCUGGCCACCCGAGUUAUCCAUCUGUCUCAGGGGGACAGGGAGGGUUGUGUGCGCAACAGUACGCUUCGAUCUUGUGUUCCUGAGAUCUGAUUGAGGACAUUUUGUCACCUUCCUGUGGCUACAUCUCAUUUUUUCCCUUUCCCUCGAUUUAUAUACACUGUCAUACUUUCUUAAACACCUUAGCUCUCUAUUAAUAAAUAUGUUUGAGGUGUCACCAUGUCCCUUCUUUAAUGAAAAGUAGAGGGAUAGAUUUCCCAUCGAAACAAUAGGCGUGACAUUUCCAGGAGUGACUCGAUGGUCUGGAGGUUUGGUCUCUGUAGAGUGACUACCGCUGAUGAACACCAAUCUGUCCUCACUUGUGUGAAACUCUGAGGGUCUAAUAGCAAUCAGCUAUCAUCUGUUACAGCAUCUGUCGCAUGCACACAGGCAGAAGGUCAGCAUGAGUGAUUUUGAGCUUCAAAAAGUGAUUGGUUUAGGAGAAGGCAGAAACGGUCGGUCAAAUGCCUGAUAAAAGGAAACUGGCUGUGUUAAAGCUUGUUGUAUUUUGGAAUCAAAAUUUUACAGGUUUGAAAGUGUCAGGAUGCUAUAAGACAACAUGUUUGCACUUUUUACUGGCAUGUUCCUUAAAAAACAGUUACUAUUAUUUAUAAUACUGUUAGGCAGAGUCUUAAGUGUUUAAGUGCAAGUUGAGUCUAAGUUACUCGAUAAGAAGCUAAGAAAUCUAAGUUGAAUCCCCAUUGCCUAUAGUAUAAUUCAGUUCUUCAUCGUAAAUGUCAUUAAUUAUGAGGAUGCAAACUGUGAUCUGUAUGAACCUUGACUGACUGUGUGGGACCUUGUACAGAUGCGUAGAAAAAUUUUAUUCAUUAGAUCUGGAUUCUGUCUGAUCCACACAGCACGUCUUGAAAUUAUCAUAUACUAUCAUUAUUGCUACAGUGCAGUGUGUUGUGUGUAAAUGUGAACUACCCUUCUCCUAAUGAGGGGAUGAAGUCAUUGAUUCAGCUGAAAUGGGAUCACUGCAGGUGUCCAAUAAACCAGGUUGGAGGUUGCAAUAAAAACCUUUUAUUAUACAGAAUUUCGACUGACCAAACUUCUUUGACUCAGUGGCUGAGUCACUUCAGUUUCUAAAGCACCAAAAUCGACAAUUCCAAGUUGGGAAACUAUUAAAUCUCAGCUACUUCUGUUUGUGUAUCCUGGACAGAUGCCUGUUUAGAAUUGAUGUUGUCCCUGUCUUCUCCCUGGUGGUUUUUUUAGCAUUAAACAACUUGCACAAAUUUCAUGAUUCAUGGUUCCCCUUUAGACAUUGUAACAGAGAGUUAAGCUGAAUGAGAUCAGUGCACACACAUAGGGUUGAACAAAUAUGCCAAACCUCUCUAAAAAGUGAAUAAAUGUCAGGGCAAACUAACAAAAAGAAACAAACUAUCUUUAUCACUAAGUCGGGGUCCCCUUCAUAAUCUACUGAAUCCUAAUGCAGUCAGUGUUUGAGUCUGAUCACAGGUCCUAGUCAUCGUAAGUCUAAGUCGAGUGGACCCCAACUACUUCAGCAGUAUCUACCUCAGCAUGGAGCUUCUGUGAGGAACCUUUUGUUUGUCAUCUUGUAGCAUCUCAUGAGAACAAAGAGGAACAUCUUUUUUCUUUGCUAAUGUUGCACAUUUCUACCAAAAUACUUCAUCCUGCUUUCUUUUCAUAGGUAAUAUUUUCACUUGCUGUGAGUUUUUGCUUUUGUAACUGUAAGAAAAGACUGCUUCACCUACCCCCUUGCAGCUGUUACAGGAUUAAAACUCAAAAUCAUGCAGAAGGUCUUAUUUUGCUGUUGUUGGUUACAAAGAAGCACCACUAUCAAUUUCAGUCUGUUUAGCAAGUUCUGCAAAACUCCUCACAGCGACUUUAAUUAAGCGGGAUCCAAUAUUCAUUCCUGCAUCGUAUAUUCCCACCCUCUAAUUGCACCCUGUUUGAUUUAGCUAGGAUUUAAUUUAUUUCAGGACUUUAAAGAAGAAAAGAGGAACUGAACUGGCUCAGUCAUCAAACUUGAUAGAUGCAAACUUGAAGCAAAUAAGUAACACAGAUUAAAAAGUGUUAUUCUCCAUGGUUUGAUUGCAAAGAGAGAAGUAUGAGAUAAGUGUGUGUGUGUGUGUGUGUGUGUGUGUCUGUGUCCGUGUGUGUCACAGAUUGAUGAAUAGUCUUGAAUUGGAGCCUAGCUGCCAGCAUCUCCAUCGAUUUAGUCACAUUCCACCGGUUUCAUUGAUUGGUUAAUACUCCACAGAUGGGAGCAAGCACAGUUCUGCUUAUGGUGUGUUAGUGUGUCUGGUGUGCGUGCAUGUGUGUGUGUUUAUGAUAGAUUUCUGUGUAUGGUUUCAGGCAAAGAUCAGAUCAUUUGCUGGAGUUGCAUGUACAUCACUUUUUCACAAAAAUACACAAACGCUUAUCUGCCUGUCUGUCUUUUUGUCACACACACACAUACACAAACAAAGACACACAUACACACCCCUCUCCUUCACAAAAUCCAAUUUUCCUGCUGUCAGAACUCGGGAGAUGCAGUUUAGAAAUUGUGCGGAUGUAAUUUCCCUGCAGAGCUCAUGCUGUUACACGCUGUAAGGAAACACUGGGAUCAAACACCAGUGCUGUGGAUAUUCUUCUGCUGGUGGUUAGUUGGAGAGCUAAGGGCGAAAAUUUGUUAUUGAGUGCGUGCGUGUGUUUUUUUUCCUCAGGGUGAUGUCAAGCAACAGCUGAUGAGGAAAAAAAAAAGAUUUAAACUGUACAGUCACUCCUUUUAUGGUAGUUGUCUGUAGAAAAUGAAAUAAUCUUUGGUAAUUUUGCAUAAUAAAUUUUGCUGCUCAGUAACAGAUUGAGUAUAACCAAAACAGAGUAUAACCAAACAUUUUCUCAUCAUUACUUUGAUUAAAAAAAGGAUAAAAUAACACAAAUCAGGCAAUAUGUAAUUUGAGAAUUAAGGUUAACAUGGCUGAGAAGUAAACAGCUGUUUCAGUAUUGAUGUGGCAUGCCUGAAUCUUCCUAUUCUUCACAUGUACUCUGUACUAUAACAGACAGUGAUGGAGUUCCGUCAUCCUGAUGGUCUGCUACUUCCUGUGGUGCUGCCAGCACGGAGCCUCCUGCUGAUGAAGGGAGAGAGCAGAUAUCUGUGGACACAUGGGUGAGCUGGACUCUGCCAGACUGAGUCAAUUUAUCUUGACUUGAGCUUUAAGUCAAUCGACGGAGGAGUGACAGUUCUUUUCUUCCACUCUUCUAUUGAGGGAGAGCACAGAAAUAUUGAAUUUAUCUGACCUUUCUCUGAGCUUCAGGGGAGUCUGCCAGUGGAGUUUUUCCUGCACUUUCCUGAACCUCCACACAUUAAGAUAAAAUGCUGUUCCCCUCAGGAUUUGGUCAUAUCUACAUUUUCUUAUGUUGACAUAACAUACACCAGCUGUACGGAUUAUUCAUGGCUGGUACUGAGUGUACCCUGUCUCUUAUCUCACCCUCAGGAUUACUCCACGGAAAUACGACAUGGUGCCUGCCUGCGACCCACAAUCCCCUGCUCAUACAAUGGCUGACCUUGGGGCCCACAGCAAUCUCACUUUGAGCAAGAGAGGCACUCGUACUUCUUUCACUUUCCGGAAGAUACGGCACAAACCGUGUGACUGUGGUGAGAAUCUUACAAAUGCAGAUUGAGACACAACCUGAGAUUUUUAAACACUUUUUCUGAUACCCAUGGAGUAUGUUGUAUUCCAUAGCGCAUGUUGCACUGGUUUUGUUUGUUUGUUUAUUAUGGAUCCCCAUUAGUUCUGACCUUAGUCGGAACUAUUCUUCCUGAGGUCCAGACACUGAUACACAACAGUCAAUACAUAGUACAAUGAAUUACACACAAUAAAAUACAAUUAUAUCUUUGUCUUUUACUCACCAUUUAUUGAGUCAAAUUUUUCAAAAUGCUCCCCUAAGAUGAGGAGGCUUCCCAAAUUUUUGCUGCGACUGUCUACUUUGGACAGCUUUGAGAAGUCCACUUUUGUAGAAAAACAUCUCAGUGUAAAUUAACUGAGGUCCAGAGUGAACGUCAUGGUUAAGUCGCUAUUUGAGCAUCUGCUAAAUCAAAAAAUAAACUUCAGGCAGCCUGAUACGCUAAUGCACUGUUUAUUUUGUAUUUGAACGACUCAUUACUGUUUUAAUAGAAGCUUUUCCACAGGACUGGAAUUUUGGACAAAAAGUACCAGCCCUAGUGACACUAUCCACAGUCUCUCUCCUUUGUGGAGUCCCUCAGGGUUCUUUUCUUGGACCUAUUCUCUUUGCACGCUUGCCUUAAGGUUUUUUCUUUUUGACAGUUUGUUUCGCCCUCAGGAAGAUGACAGUUAAAUCAACCUGCCUUUGCAACAGAAAGAUGGUAUCUCUUCAAAACCAUUUUUCACAAUAACCAUUAAACCCCUUUAUUCUCAUCUUUCCCCAGCCUUCCCCACUGCCUGUGACAGUCAGGGAGCUCCCUCAGUGCCUUCUGUAUCUUCACCACCACCAUCACCACCCUCACUCCCUUGUUGCCAUGCCGAUGCAGCCCUUCUGGAGGAGGAGUAUGUGCAUCGGGUGUAUGACACCAUCGCCUCCCACUUCAGCAGCACUCGGCACUCUCCCUGGCCCAACGUAUGCCACUUCCUGAACUCACUCCCUGCUGGCAGUGUGCUGGCAGAUGUGGGCUGUGGAAAUGGAAAAUAUCUUGGUGUCAACCCAGCUGUGAUUGCUGUAAGUGUGUCUGUUAUUCUGUCUCAUUGAAUUAGCAUUUCUCUUUCAUUCCAUUUCUUCUCCCACUGCUUUUUGGAUGAACUAAAUGUAAAAUGCUACUGUACUUCAUAAGUCAUCUUUGUGUUGAUACAUUUCCUAACUGUUAGGGCUGUUUGGCAUUCACAGUCAGGAAGUCAGUUGCAGCAGAAUGAGCAAAUAGCAAUGCUCUGCUGGUUCUUCACAUAGGUAGGCAGAGGCUCUGGUAGCUCCUGAAGUUUAAAAUGUAUGAAGACUUUUAGAUUACUUAUAUGGUGUUGGUGCCUGAAUCAUCUGCAAACUACUAACAACUAUCUGUCUGCACUUAAAUGCAAACACAUAUGAUUAGAAAUAAAAAAAUAGGGUGAAUGGACCGUCAGUAGCUAGUUUGUUUCAGUGAGCUUAUGUUCCAUUUUAGGCCCUUCUCUUUUUAAUCUUUACAUGUUUCCUUUAGGGAAUGUCAUCAGGAGUUAUGGCAUCAAUUUCCACAGCUAUGCUGAUGACACACAACUGUAUGUCGCCGUGUCUCCUGAUGACACAGGGCAACUCGAUCCCCUUUUUUACUGCAUUUUAGACAUUAAAUCAUGGAUAGUAGAGAACUUUUUUACAGCUCAACCAGGACAAAACUCAGGUUUUGGUCAUUGGUACAGGGGACAAGAGAGAGAAACUGGUCAGCAAACUCAAAGCAUUAUCUUUUAAUCCAAGUCAACAAGCUAAAAAUUUAGGUGUUUUAUUUGAUUCAGAGCUGAGCUUUGAGCCUCACAUACGAGAUAUCACCAAGAAGGCAUUUUAUCAUUGAAAAAACAUAGCCCGAGUGCGACCGUUUCUCUCUCAAGCCAAUGCAGAGACAUUAAUUCAUGCUUUUAUCACUUGUAGAAUAGACUAUUGUAAUGCCCUCCUUUCUGGUCUACCCAAAAAAGAACAUUUCACACCUGCAAUUACUACAAAAUUUAGCUGCACGGAUGCUAAGAAGAAUCAGAAAGAGAGACCACAUUACACCGAUUUUAAGGUCUCUUUUAGAAUAGAUUUUAAGGUUGCUUUAUUGGUUUGACUGACUGAUUGAUUGAAUGAUGUGUUGACAUCUUGUUUCAUUUAAAAUUAACAAAAUAAAUCAAACUUAUAUACUCAAAGGGGCUGAUGCCAUUGGUACUGAAGCCCAUGUUACACUUGAUGUGUUUUCUGCUGGUCUCCACUGUUUGCAUUCGCCCAGUGUCCUUACAACUCUGAUAUAAGACCUCUACUUUUCUCUUUCUUUGUACAUUCCCAAUUUCUUGUGUGUGUCUGACUUUAUAAACCUCUGUGUGUGCGUUUUGUCUUUUCCAGGUUGGUUGUGACCGCAGCAGUGCUCUUGUCCAAAUCUGUGCAGACAGAGGCUUCCAAGCUUUUGUAUCUGAUGCUCUCUGUGUCCCGAUGCGAACAGACUCUUGUGAUGCUUGUAUCUCUAUUGCUGUCAUACACCACUUUUCCACUCAGGUAUAAAGUAAACAUGUAAAAAGCGCAUACAUCCAGAUCAAAUGUUAAUUCCCAAAUUCAUAUUUUAGUGUGCAGGGUUGCGUUUUGGAAAUGGCCAAAUGGCUCACUUUUUGCAUGUAUGUUCGUUGCAGGCCCGUCGGUUGGCAGCAGUACAGGAGCUGAUGAGACUUCUGAAGCCUGGAGGUCUGGCACUCAUCUAUGUCUGGGCUUUUGAACAAGAGUACAACAAGCAGAAGUCCAAGUACCUCAAAGACCAAAACAGGGGGCAUCCUGAGAACCACAACCUCCUCAAAGAUACAACACAAGAUAGCCAGGGACCUCAUGAGAUAUCUGGCCAACAUUCAGAGGACAGUCACAAGCCUGUUGACAACAUACAAGAUAUUGGCAAACUAAGUGUCCACACCAACCGCACAGCCUUCAACACACAGGACCUUUUGGUUCCCUGGCACCUGAAGGAGGGAAAAAGACAAGGGGAGGAAGAAUCAAGAGACAGUGGGAAGAAGGACAAAAAGAAAGACAAAUCCAAAAAGACUCCAGGAAAGCCAUGUCCCACAGCCAGCUCGCAGUGUGAACCUGUACCCAGCACUGACUCUACACAGACCCCCUACCAAAAACUAAAGUCAGAAUCUGAGAGUAGCCCAGCACCCAUUUUUCACCGCUAUUACCACGUGUUCCAGCAGGGGGAGUUGGAGCAGCUCUGUGGGCAGGUCACUGGAGUCAAGGUCCAGAGAAGCUAUCACGACCAGGGGAAUUGGUGUGUCGUAUUAAAAAAGGAUGAACUCAUUCACCAAUAAUUUAAAAUGAUUCAGUUAUAAUCAAACAUCCAAUUCAAGAUCUUUUAACGGUUAAAUUAAGGAGGAGAAAUGUGACCAGAAAUGCCUUUAAAUAAAUGUUAACAUUUACAAAAUUCCCUUCUUUGUGAUCCACUUGUAUCCUUUCAAAUAGUGUGAAAACUCUGUUCAAAAGCCAUCUGGGGUCAAAUUUUAAAUUGGUUUAUCUUGUUAAAGUUUCAAGGUAGCUCAAACAGAAGUGGUGUGAUCAGGAUUCUUUAUUGUGAUUGAAAAUAUGAUCCACCUGCAGUCUAUCCUCCCAUUUUCUGAAACCCAUAACACAUUUAUUAAAAUGAAGGGCGCUCUAGAUGUAAUCAUACUGUACUCGCUGAAGAUACUAUCUUGUUAUCUUUUGAAGUGAACAGACUGUACUGCACACCGCAAAUAAGAAUUUCUGCUGCUUUACCUCUUGCCUUGUAUUCUAUUUUUGCUUUGAACAUGGAUCUAAAACUCAAGAUGCAGCACUGUGCAUUAAGCUCUAGAGUAUUUUCUUCACAUUCAGAUGUAUCCCUGCUUUUUGAAAAUAAGCACAAUAAAAGCUGCGAGUGAA